AAACCUGGUUUUUUGGAAGAGAUGGGUUCGCUCAAGCAAGCGUUUGCUGAUUGUCAGCGGACGACGGCCUCGCAUCCAAAACUUCUGAAACAGUUGGUUGCGAUGCAUAACAAGAGUGACCUUAAUACUUUUGUGGCUGAUUUUACAAAUUUAUUGAAAAAAAGUUUAAUUCAUGGAGAUAAACAGCCAGCCGUGGAACGAACGCUGAACUUUGUUGCCAAGUUUGCCACAAUGAAGAAAGAGGAGUCAAACAACAAAGAAAAUGCUAAGAAAGGAGAUGAGGAAGAGGAUGAGGAAGAUGAAGCAGACAUAUUUCUGGUUCGCUUGAUUGAAUUUCUUCUCAAUAGCCAUGAAGCAAAUAGCCAGGCCGUUCGAUUUCGUGUUUGUCAGCUCAUCAACAAGAUUUUGAAUAACAUGGGAGAAGAGGCUGUGAUUGACGACGAGUUAUACAGCAGCAUUUACGAUACGAUGCUUCAGCGACUGCAAGACAAGGUCGCCUCCGUGAGAGUGCAGGCUGUGCUUGCUCUUGCUCGGUUGCAGGAUCCCCGAAACAAGGCUUGUCCAGUUAUUAAAGCUUACAGGUAUCAUCUUUCUAUGGACCCCAAUCAUGAUGUACGCCGAGCUGUCUUGUCAGGUAUAGCCAUAACGUUUCAGACGUUGCCAGAUGUUCUGGAGCGCACGAGGGACGUAAACGACGUUGUAAGGCGGGAGGCCUUCAAAGUGCUAGCACAGAAGGUGCACAUUAGAUCUCUGACUAUUGCCCAGAGAGUUCGUUUGAUAUCAGAAGGGCUCAAGGAUCGUUGUGAAGCAGUGCGCAAGGCCGUGGAAAAGUGUCUGAUUCAAUCAUGGUUACGCAUGGUUAACUGCAACGUCCUGGAAUUUUUAUCGUGUUUGGACGUCGAAGCAUCUGUCGCCGAAGCAGAGUUGGCUCUGAAGACAUUAUUCAGAGACAACUCUUUUGCGGACAUGUCUGAAAAUUUUGGACUUGACGUCAACAAGCGCAUCAUUGAUUACAGUGCCCUUCGCCCCGAGUCAGCGCUGUACUGGAGGUGUUUCACUCAACAUCUCAGAAAUGAAGGCUUAGAAGAAGCUUUGGAAACUAUAAUCCCGGAGUUGACCGUGUUUAGCAGUUAUGUUCACGAUUAUGCCACUAUGGAAUUGAAGGAUACUGGAGAUGAGCAGGAAACAGCUGUCCUUCUAAUGGAGAGAGAAUUUGUGAUGACUCAGUUGAUAACCAUGACAAUGCUCUACGAUCUAAGUGACGAGGUUGGUCGUCGUUCACUGGAUAAGCUAGUGAGAACUCUGUUGGUCAGUGACAAAAUUGAAGAGGCAUUGAUUAAGGAACUAGUGGAAGUGUUUGGCAAACUUCACCCUCCAACUACCAGAGUGAACCAACUAGCAGAAAUUAUAUCUGAAAUUCGAGAACCAGCAACAAAAACUGUUGUUGUUCUGCCGGUUAGUGAUGAGGAACAGAGGAAGAAUAAGAUUCAGGCAGCCAAAUUAAAGGUCCGGAUGAACCAGGUGCGCGAAGAGAUUGAAGAGUGUGUGAGGGAACUGGAUUUUGGCAAAGCACAAGUGCUGAAGGAGGAGCUGGAAGAACUGGAAACUGAUCUCUCCCUCAUCUCUUUGGAUGAAAUGACUACAGAAGAAGUGCCAGUACAAGAAGAGCGCACAGAUCCGACCACCUUGAGUAAAUGCUUGAUGAUAGUGUGCCACAUGACCGAAAAUCCAGACAUCUCGGCAAUGACUCCCACACUUCAUUCCCUCAACGAGCAUCUCAUUUUACCCUGCCUUCGUUCAGAAGAUCCUGUCGUGAGAAAUCAAGGAGUUAAAGCCUUAGGCCUUCUAUGCUUGAUAUCUGGUGAUCUUGCCAAGCAACACCUAGUUUUGUUUUUGCAGAUCUCAAGAAUAGAUGUAGAGCAAAUUCAGUUGACUGCUCUCCAUUGCAUGUUGGACCUCCUUCUUUUGUAUGGGUUAGAAGAAUUCACAGAGGCUGCAGAGGACAUAAAUGAAGUAAAUGAUGCCACACUGCUGCGUGACUCAAAAACCAAGGCAACAAAUGAAGAGGAGGAGGAAGAAGGUGGUGUGAUUAUAUCAGCUCUUUGUCAAAUGAUGGAGAGCGAAAAUAUAGAGGUACGUACACAUGCUGCUGAGGGACUGUGCAAGUUGUUGCUAGCAAGCCGGAUUACUUCUUCCAAACUUCUUUCACGUUUGAUACUUAUGUGGUAUAAUCCUGCAACAGGCUGAAUCAGAUGUUGAAUGUUCUCCUUCGAAAUGUCGGGUUACUGAGCCUUCAAGGGCAGAGCUGCGUGAUGAGAGUGAUGGUGAAAUUGGAUCACCAAAACACAAAAGCACUCAGAAUGAUAAUGAAGAUACUGCUCCAGCAAAGGAAAUCAGUGAGGCUUCAGAGGGUGAUGCUGAACUUGAACUUUCUCCUGAAGUGUCUGGUCCUAUGAAAGUGAAGUUCAGCCAGAAAAGAAGUAAAAAGCAGCGGUCUCCUGCUAAGUCGGCAGAAUCAAGUGACGAAGACUUGAAAUCUCCAGCUAAAGUUGCCAGAACAGUUAGAUGCAAUGUAAGACUCGUUAAACUAACAGGUGAUAAGCACGGCAUGCGCCGAACAAAACAACAAUCUGCUGAUUCGCAGGAUUCAAGCGAAGGUGAAAAGGCAGUUCCCCCAAAGGUUCGACGAAAAACAAGCUUAACAGAUAGUCAUGAAGAUCUUCAUGCAGAUUCAACCGAAAGUGAAAAUGCAGCCAGAUCCAGCAAGGAUCACAGUGCAGAAGAUAAGAGUGAAUCUUCUGAAGCAAAUAGCGAAACUCCUAUUCCUAGAGCAACUCGCACCAAGAAUUCAGAUGUUCAAAGUGAAUCAAGUUCAGAAGGAAUUUCAUUAGAAUCUGGAACACCAGAAUCUCGGAGAUCUACCAGGGUGUCGUCUUCCAACUCUGUAAAAAAGACAACUUUUACUACUAGAUCUGCUAGAAACUUAGCCACACCUGCUUCAGGUAGCACAUCUCCCACAGAUGCUGAGAAUUCCAAGGUUCGGAGAUCCACAAGGAAUUCAGCAUCACUUCAUCCUGGAACUGCAUCUUCUAAGAAGCCUUCUGCUAAGUCUGUUAGUGAGACCCCAUCAAAUUCCGGUGUGGGAGAGGAAUUGUCACCUCUUGUCAAAAGAAGUACCAGGAAGACUCCCCUUUCCAUCGUUAACUCACAGUCAUCAGCCUUAUCCCCUUCCUCACAAAUCUCACACAGUGAUGCAACUCCUGUCCGGAGAUCGGGGAGAAUCCAAGCAAGUUCUCAAAGCACCGAGUCGGAAUCUGACACACCAGCAAAGGGUUCAACUUCGCGUCCUGUUCGUAAGAAGAGGGGAGUCAAGAAAUAAUGACAGUAUUUUAUUUGUGGAGCAAGAAUGUUCAAUAAAUACAUACUUAGAGUAUUCCUUUCUUCCUUAUUUUUGUAUCUAUGGCAAAUAGUACAAAAUACUGAUUCUUCUAUGAAGAUUACCUUUUGUACUUGCAGCAGGAGGGGAAAGACAACUAUUUGUGGUAAGAAUUUUGAGGGUAUCAGAUGUAGUUUAUACUGCAGUAAUAUUUAUGCAGAUUUUAGUUCAUCUUCACAAAGUGUGCAUACAUAGUAUUUAGGUUGCAUAAUUUCAGCCUCUUCAUGUGGUCCCAGGAGACAUAGAAUAACUUUAUUCAUUGUUCUGGAGGUUAAGAAUUUUAAAGUUUCACUUGCAGUUCUUAAUAUUUUAAUGUCUACAUAGUCUUUAGUUAUCCAUUAUGAAAGCGAUAGAUUAAGUUGGAUUUAGCUUCUGUGAUUGUCUUGGAAUAAAAGGGUCUGUCAUGUAAUUUAUACACUUUCAAGGAGUUGUUAUUUUAGAGGAUUUCACCUGGAGUCAUCUUUGAGUAGUGACCAUGAAAGGAGUGUCUUUUUAAGAAUGAGCUUAUGCAUUAAGAUCCACUGUAUGAACAGAAAAGAGAGGAGCUAUAGAAUUGUUCAAAGAAUGAUUUUCCUUAUCAUAUCUGAUUGGGUUUAGUUAUUGGAACAAAAGGGAUGCAUUAGCACACACAUAAUCACACAUUUUACAUACUUUAGUAAAUUUGCAUGUUAAUAGAGGAAUUACUUUAUACUUAGGACUGACUGUAUUUUCUGAUGUGUUGUAGUUUAAUUCAUACUUUUAUACAUAUGACAUGUACACAAAUAAAGAAAAAAAUAUGUAAA